AUGGCACCUCUCGAGGCUCCCCAGCUGCGCUUUCUCAGUGAGGCGGCUAAUCUGCUGGCAUCCGAGAGCCCAGCUACAGCGGCGCAUCUGUUCUCGGUACAUACGAAGAUCUUGCACGACGAACUAAAACCGCUCAACAUCCGCCAGCAAAAACAUCACUGUGGAGGAUGUGGUAGUAUUAGACAGUCUAGAUGCUCUCAAGUUACUCAGGUCAAGCCAAAAGCCAAGUCUCGAGCAUCAUCCAAGCUAGAUACAGCAUCUGCUGGUGGUGCUACAGUCUAUAAAUGUCUACGCUGCAAUCAACGCACUAUCAAUCCCCGCAAAAGAGGCACCUCAAAGCCAUUGUCUAAGGUUUCAUCGCGCGUUCCUUCAGCUACUGCUUCACCUGUUCCUACUACUGCCACAUCCACCCCGGCAGAAUCUUCAGCUUUGCAAGCUCUUCCUUCUACCAGCACCGAUUCAGCUCCCACCAAGACAGCCGACAACGCCAGCAGCAAGAAAAGAGCCAAGACCCGAAAACAAGGUGGUCUGCAGGCUCUACUCGCCUCUAAAAAGAACUCUCAACCUUCCCUUGACCUGUUCGACUUCUUACAGUGA